CCGGCGACGGGGGCGGGGGCCGACGCGCCCGCAGCGCCCGCCGAGCCCCGGAAGCCGCAGGGCGUGAAGCGGCACCACCACAAGCACAACCUGAAGCACCGCUACGAGCUGCAGGAGACUCUGGGCAAGGGCACGUACGGCAAAGUCAAGCGGGCCACAGAGCGCUUUUCGGGCCGAGUGGUCGCUAUAAAAUCCAUUCGUAAGGACAAAAUUAAGGAUGAACAAGACAUGGUUCACAUCAGACGAGAGAUUGAGAUCAUGUCAUCCCUCAACCAUCCUCAUAUCAUCAGCAUUUAUGAAGUGUUCGAGAACACGGAUAAAAUCGUGAUCAUCAUGGAGUACGCCAGCAAAGGCGAGCUGUACGACUACAUCAGCGAGAGGAGGCGCCUCAGCGAGAGGGAGACCAGGCAUUUCUUCCGGCAGAUCGUCUCCGCCGUGCACUACUGCCACAAGAAUGGCGUGGUCCACCGAGACUUAAAGCUGGAGAAUAUCCUGCUCGAUGACAACUGCAACAUUAAGAUUGCUGACUUCGGGCUUUCCAACCUGUACCAGAAAGACAAGUUCUUGCAAACGUUUUGUGGCAGUCCACUGUAUGCAUCUCCUGAAAUUGUCAAUGGGAGGCCUUACCGAGGGCCAGAGGUGGACAGCUGGGCGCUGGGCGUGUUGCUUUACACCCUUGUUUAUGGGACGAUGCCCUUUGAUGGUUUUGAUCACAAAAACCUCAUCCGGCAGAUCAGCAGCGGAGAGUACCGGGAGCCCACACAGCCCUCAGAUGCCCGGGGGCUCAUCCGGUGGAUGCUGAUGGUGAACCCUGAUCGCAGAGCCACCAUCGAGGACAUCGCCAACCACUGGUGGGUGAACUGGGGCUACGAGAGCAGCGUGUGCGACUGUGACUCCCUGCACGACUCCGAGUCCCCGCUCCUGGCGCGGAUCAUUGGCUGGCAGCACCGAUCCACAGGGCUGCAGGCAGAGGCGGAGGCCAGGAUGCGAGGCCUGGCCAAACCCGGGGCCCCUGAGGCCACACUGGAGCGGCAGCGCUCGCUGAAGAAGUCCAAGAAAGAGAACGACUUUGCCCAGGCCAGCCAGGACCCGGGGGCUGAGGGGGCGUCCAAGCUGAGCUCCAAGAGGCCCAAAGGCAUCCUGAAGAAGCGGAGCAGCAGCGAGCAUCGCUCCCACAGUGCCGGCUUCAUUGAGGGUGUCACGGGGCCCACUACUUUCAAGGUAGAGCAUGACUUGUGCCGGACAGCAGGGCCCCUUGCAGGCUCCCCCGAGGCGGACAUGCCGGGGACCCUCAGCCCCAAGCAGUCGGCCACCAUGCCCAAGAAAGGCAUCCUGAAGAAGACCCAGCAGAGAGAGUCGGGUUACUACUCAUCGCCGGAGCGCAGUGAGUCUUCUGAGCUGCUGGACGGGGAUGAUGGUGCGGGCGGUGGCCUCCCUCCCCUGAGUCCCCCAGCCCCGGCCCGGCCAGCCUCGCACAACCUGUCCUGCCGGAGGAAAGGCAUCCUGAAGCACAGCAGCAAGUACUCGGGAACACCCACACUGGAAUCCCUGUCGGAGCCUGGGGUCCCUGCUGCCGAGGGGCUGUCCCGGAGCUACAGUCGGCCCUCUAGCGUCAUCAGCGACGACAGCGUCCUGUCCAGCGACUCCUUCGACCUGCUGGAUCUGCAGGAGAGCCGGCCCGCCCGCCAGCGCAUCCGCAGCUGUGUCUCGGCGGAGAACUUCCUUCAGAUCCAGGACUUUGAGGGGCUCCACAACCGGCCGCGGCCCCAGUACCCGAAGCGGUACCGGAACCGGCUGGCGGACAGCAGCUUCUCUCUCCUCACGGACAUGGAUGAUGUGACUCAGGUGUACAAGAAGGCCUUGGAGGUCUGUAGCAAGCUCAACUAGCAUUGCGGGUGCAGGGACAGUGCGACUCGCAGGCUGCUUCCCUUGUCGCUGGCCCCGAACACCGACAGGACUGGCACCGUCUGGCUUAGACGAGUGUGGUCACUGACGAGGGGAAGUGGGCUCUCGCCAGUUCUGCCCACUGCCAGUCAGAACUUGGGUCCUGAUCGGCAUCACACCUGGCACUAGGUGGAGGAUGGGCAGGGGGUGCUGGCCAGCACUUAGUGUGGGGGGAGGGGCGUUGGAAGCCACCCACAGGCUUCCGGAGGAGGGCAGGAGAGACUGGGGCCGUGUGCCUUGGAUGAGCCAUGAGAGCUUGCUCCUUUUGUCUCUGUGUUAGCAAGCUUGGUCUGCUGCAGGGGGCUCGCAAGAUGAUUCAGGAACCAGACCUGAGUUGGCAGUCGAUUGCUCC